AUGUCUUUUGCACAAUCAGCGCCGCAGAAGCGGCCACGGCUCAGCCUUCAAAUCAAAACACCAACAACAGCAGUUACCUUCGGGAAAUCCUCAACGGCGCUGAAAUCCGACAUUGACCCAUCCUCCCCUACUGCCUUCAACACACUUUCAAAUGCAUACGCUGCUGCCAUCGAGAAUUGUUCGCCGAGAACAGCAAGGCCACCAUUUUCUACUGAGCUCAAGAUAGCCAAACCAACUUCGCUACGCCUGGAAACAACAAACUUUACCAAUACGGGAUACGUACACCCUAGUGAGCGAACUCAAACGCCAGGCCCAUUUACCAUUACCUACCCAGAUACUCCAAGUUCCGCUCAACCAGGCAACACUCCAAUCAGCGAACGUGGUGAGAACAAGCUUGCAUUAGCAACAGCAUUUACUUUUACACCGCCUCAGUCGGCCGGAACCAGCGACCAAUUACCAAAAGUAUUUACAUUCGAUGCCAACGUACCCAAUAAGGACAACCCAAGUACCCCGAGAACACCAAGGGCACGAAGAACAACAAUAAAUUACCAAAAAACCGCACCAUAUACCCACCCAAGAUCCUUGCGCAGCAUCCUCAGGAACUCUCCUUUACCACCAACAAGCAUUAUUAUACCAACCACCCCAAGUCGCAGCUCAUUACGAUUAGCCAACAAGACAGCAAAGAAAGUCGGUUACAACGACCCCCUUACCCAAACAAUUACCACGAACAAAUACGUAAAAUCCCAUAUUGAACUCCUGGCCGAGGAUUCCCCUUACUCCGCCACACCAUCCGAAUCCCAAAACGAAUCCUUAGAUCUAGCAUUAGCCCACACAGCCAACGAGACCCGAGAUGGAGGACAGACCCCGGGUCCAUUUGAAGAAAUGCGAAGACGCAUGGCGGACAGCGAAAUAGAAACCCCAGGUGCCAAAAGGCGCAAGCGCAAGGAAAAGAAACGCAAGUGGGAAUGGACAAUCACAAGUACAGAUGAGAUGGGAGAAUUCAGACCCUACACACCAGUAGAGCAACCGGAAAAGACCCCGGUAACUGCCAUCAGACUGGAAAUUCCACCAAGUCCUGCUGUCACGAGGGAAGGGAGCGUUUCUACAGAUUCAGAAAUGUCCGAAGUGGAGGAACGAUUUGUUCCCCAGGAAACCUGCGCAAAUGCUUCAACCGACUCGGAGAUGUCCGAGGUGGAUGGCAGCAGCAAUUUGGGGACGAGACAAAGCUGUUGA